AGACGCCGGUUUUUUGAGCGUGAGAGCAGAAGGAGGGAUGCUGCUGGUGUGAGCGGAGCUCCACGUCUGGAAGGAAGAAAAACAAGUUUAAAUCCGGACUGAACUGCAGAGAAAGUGCUGCUGGUGGAUUACCGGAGUCUGCUGCGGUGAACCGGAACAGACUGGGACCAUGGUCCAGCACAGGGAGCAUCCCGGAGCGGGAAUCACCAAGGAGUCCCGCGAGGCGACGGACACCGAGGAGGGUGAGCUGCUGGCGGCUUCGGCCUGCAGCGCCGUGCCGCUGAAGCCAGACUGGUGUAAAACCGCCUCGGGUCACAUUAAGCGGCCCAUGAACGCCUUCAUGGUUUGGUCCAAGAUCGAGAGGAGGAAGAUCAUGGAGCAGAGUCCCGACAUGCACAACGCGGAGAUCUCCAAGCGGCUCGGGAAGCGCUGGAAGAUGCUGAAGGACACCGAGAAGAUCCCGUUCAUCCGGGAGGCGGAGCGGCUCCGCCUGCAGCACAUGGCCGACUACCCGGACUACAAGUACCGGCCCAAGAAGAAGCCCAAGACCGAAGGCUGCGCGUUUCCAGCGGGGAAGUCCUCCGCUCAGUCCCCGGAGAAAAGCGGCGGCAGGUCGGCGGUUAAAAACUCCGCGGCUGCUAAGAAGCUGAAGGCCGGGAAGAGCGCGGCUCCAGCCGGCAGGGCGGCCGGCCCCCCGCCGCAGAGCCAGGAGCACCGCUACCGGUACAUGGUGAGCUCCGGGUUCAAGAGCAGCAAGCGGGACUUUACCGACGAUGAAGAGGAGGAGGAGGAGGAGGAAGACUCCGAGGAGGAGGAGGUGGAGGAGGAGGAGGAGGAACCGUCCCGCCUCAGCUUCCAGGUCCAGUCCGAGUCCUCCGGGCGGCUCUUCUACAGCUUCAAGAACAUCACCCGGCAGGGCGGCGCCUCCUACCCGGCCUCCCUCUCACCCGCAUCCUCCUCCCGCUCCGGAUCCACCUCCUCCUGCUGCGGGGAGGACCUGGACGAGCUCCCCGCGGAGGAGAGGGCCGACCUGGCGCUGGGCUCCCUGGGGGACCCCUGGACCUCGUCCUCCGGGAACCUGAGCCUGUCCCUGGUGGACAAAGACCUGGACUGUGAGGGCAGCCUGGGCUCCCACUUCGAGUUCCCGGAUUAUUGCACCCCGGAGCUCAGCGAGAUGAUCGCUGGAGACUGGCUGGAGGCCAACUUCUCAGACCUGGUCUUCACCUACUGACUGACCCGGACCCGGAGGACCCGGACCCACAGGGACCCAAAGAAGGAACCGUUUUCUCCAACAGGGUUUUUAUCCGUUUAGUUUCUGUCUCUCAGGUCCGACCCACAAACCCGGAACCAGCAAGCAGCGUAAAACCAGGACCUGGUCUAGAUACCAGGACCUGGUCCAGAAUCGAGACCUGGCCAAGAAACCAGGACCUGGUUUAGAAACCAGGACCUGGUACAGACUUUGAUCCCGAACCCACGACAUGGUCCAAAACCAGAACCUGGUCCAGAAACCAGGACUUUGGUCCACAACCGAGAUCUGAUCCAAAAAACAGGACCUGGUCCUAAACCAGAACCUGUUCCAGAAACCAAGACCUGGUCCAGAAACCUGGAUCUGCUCCAGAACCGAGACUUUGAUCCCCAACCCACGAUGUGGUCCAAAACCAGAACCUGGUCAAGAAACUAGGGCUUUGGUCCACAACCGAGAUCUGAUCCAGAAACCUGGAUCUGGUCCAGAACUGGGACUUUGAUCCAGAACCCACAACAUGGUCCAGAAACAAGGACUUUGAUCCAGAAACCAGGAUCUGGUCCAGAAACCAGGACUUUGAUCCAGAAACCAGGAUCUGGUCCAGAAACCAGGACUUUGAUCCAGAAACCAGGAAUUUGAUCCAGAAACCAGGAAUUUGAUCCAGAAACCAGGAUCUGGUCCAGAAACCAGGACUUUGAUCCAGAAACCAGGAUCUGGUCCAGAAACCAGGACUUUGAUCCAGAAACCAGGACUUUGAUCCAGAAACCAGGACUUUGAUCCAGAAACCAGGACUUUGAUCCAGAAACCAGGACUUUGAUCCAGAAACCAGGAUCUGGUCCAGAAACCAGGACUUUGAUCCAGAAACCAGGACUUUGAUCCAGAAACCAGGACUUUGAUCCAGAAACCAGGACUUUGAUCCAGAAACCAGGAAUUUGAUCCAGAAACCAGGACUUUGAUCCAGAAACCAGGACUUUGAUCCAGAAACCAGGAUCUGGUCCAGAAACCAGGACUUUGAUCCAGAAACCAGGACCUGGUCCAGAAACCAGGACUUUGAUCCAGAAACCAGGACUUUGAUCCAGAAACCAGGAAUUUGAUCCAGAAACCAGGACCUGGUCCAGCUGCAGGACUUCAGGUCUUCAAUGUAACUUUUUUCUUAUCGUCUAUUUUUUCAGCUCCUGAAACCCAAACUGAUCCUUUUUGAUAUCAGCAAACCAAACAUACCUCAUCUUUCUAAAAAUAAUAAUAAUAAAAACUAUUUUCAGGCAUAUUUUUGUACAUUCAGAGGGAAUGUCAGGCACUUGUUUGUUUUCUUCCUGUUGGUUCCGGUUCUGCUCUUUGACUUAAAGCCUUGCAGUUGUUUUUAAAGAGCGUCCAGACAGACGGAUCUUUGCUCGCCGUGUAAAUGUGUAUAAAUAGAUAAAAAAGAAAAGAAAAGUUUGUGUGACUGAUUGUAACGAGAGCAGGAGGAGAAACUGGACAUUUCUGUUACGUAUUUUAAUUAUUUUUCUAUCACUUCAUCAGCAGCACAUUCUUGUUUUUGUUGCUCAUUAUUUUUUGUGCAAUAUGAAGGAAAAACGAUGAAAUGAACUUCCUGCGUUUUUAUUUCAUUUCUCUUUAUUUUGUAGCAGAGAGGAAAAUGUUUGAACUUGGUGGUUUUUACCAUAAAGUCUGUUUAUGUCUGAGAAUAAAUCAGCUGGAACUGAA